AUGGACUACAGCUCGUUACCUCAACCUCUGCCUAGGCUCAUACCUGCUGAUCAGAUUCUCCCAAUCAUGAAACGAAUCGUCGGUCAAUAUCAGACCGUACGAGAAAACAUUAUUGAAAGUGUGGAUGUACAAAAAGCCAACUUCGACAACUUAAUUCAGCCCCUAAUUGAUAUUGACAACGAAACUCAGGGUGAUAUUGCAAUCAUUGCCAUGCUCCGUUAUUCAUCUCCCGACCCAGCAUCUCGUCAGGCGUCGGAAGAAGCAUGUGCUCUUGUCAACGAAGAUCAAGCCGCCUUUACUGCAAGACCAGAUUUCUGGCCGUUACUCAAAGCUGUCAAAGAAGCCUGUCAGGAGAUUUCUCUUCAUUUCGAAGCUCGAAAGUACCUCGAUAAGUUGUUUCUAGAGUUCAAGCAGUUUGGACAUGGUACUUUGCAGCCUGUUCAAAUUCAUGAAUACCUAGAGAGAAGAAAUUAUAUCGACGGGAUGCGGCGAAAGUAUAACCAGAGAAUCAGAGAAGAUGCUGGAGGUCUUUGGUUCUCUCUUGACGAACUAGCCGGUGUAAAGAAGCAUGAUCUAGAUCGCUUCGGAAAAGACCCAGAAAAGCAUGACAUGCGAUUUGUUCGCUUUUCAGCAGCUGAUUCUUUGGUUUUAUACCUAAAUGCCUCCAAAAGUGCCACACGGAAGAGAAUGUACGUUGGCAAUGUCAAUAACCUCAGUCAAAACGCCAAACUCUUCGAGAAGAUUGUUGUGGAGAGAGAUUUGAACGCUCGUCUUGUGGGCUACGAGAGUCAUGCGACUUAUCGACUAGAGAAGAGGCUGAUGAAGACCCCGGCUCAGGUUGAAAGUUUGUUGGCCGACUUACACGAUAGACUACUAGCUCGUGGGCAGCACGAUAUGAAGCUCCUAAUGGAUCUGAAGAGAAAGGAGUCCAGGGAGAGUGCCAAAAUCACUGAAUAUGAUGUCAACGCGAUAUUUCCUUGGGACUAUUGGUAUUACGCCCGUCUAGCUGAACAGCACCUCCAUGUCGAUCCCGAGCAGGUUGCCGAAUAUUUCCCAAUCCAACAUGUUAUCUCUGUGAUGUUGGAGAUGUUCUCUGGAUUCUUGCAACUGCGUUUCUGUCCUAUAUCUCAGGAACAACUUGACGGUUCAGCGUGGCAUGACGAUGGUAACCAGAACGUCAACCUCCAAUGUGGCUACCUGAAAAACGAUGGCAGUCGAGUAUAUCCCGCAACCCUUCUCAUGUGCUCCUUUCCGCCACCUGCACCUUCAGCUUGCACAUUCCUAAAGCACAGUCAGAUUAUCUCUCUAUUCCACGAGUUAGGACAUGGCAUCCAUGACUUGCUGGCCAGGACGAACUACGUGGCCUUUCACGGCCAUAGGUCACCACCAGACUUUGCAGAAGCAUUCAGUGUAAUGCUCGAGAAGUGGUGCUGGAUGAAGCCCGAGCUCAAACGCUUGGGUCUUCAUUAUACAAGCAAAGAUCUGCACUUGAAGGAGAAAUGGCUUCGAGAGCACCCAGGAGAGGAUCUCCCCCCGGAGCGUAUACCCGAUGAUACCAUUGAGAGGUUGAUAAAGGGCCGUCAAGUGACGCGCUCGUUGUGUUAUCUUCGUCAAUUGGUUUACGCCCACUUUGAUAUGAAAGUUCAUCAUCCCAGAACCCACACUGAGCUACGCAACAUGGACUCCACCAAAAUAUUCAACGACCUCCUUGAGAAGCUGUGGCUUGUUCGCGCACCUCAACCAGAGGACCAAGGAUAUCCACAUGCUGAUCUAGGUCAUCUAGUCUCUGGCUACGAUGCAGGCUACUACUCAUAUCUCAGGCGAGUUGACCUCAACCUAACUAUAAAAAAUGACUAAUUGGCUAUUAUUAGUGCUCAUGUGUUUGCUGAAGAGUUCUUUGAAUCGACGUUUCUUGAGGAUCCUAGGAGUGUAUCCGCCUGGGAUAGGUAUAGGAAGGGUAUUCUUGAAAUUGGUGGAAGUAGAGAUGAGUUGGAGCUACUCGUAGAGUAUCUGGGCCAUAUUCCUACUGCGGAUCCGUUGCUUCGUGAUAUUCUACAGUAGCUAGUUACUCAAAGGUUCGCUAAAUAUGUGUCUUCUUCAGACCUACACAGCAGUGUCACUUCCUUAAGGUUAAUGAUAUUCAUGAUGGCGACUUGGUCAAGAGAUUAGGAUUAAGGC